GCCAUAGAAAAUAGGCAUUCACAAGGGUUGCCCAUCCACAGCCCGAGCACUGCUAGCCUUCUCUAAGUCGUCACUCGAACCCGCGCCGGCCACCGAAGGCGCUUACCGGGCUUUCAGUGGCUAUACACAAGCACUCGUUCACUACUGCGCCUCUUAGGCAUUGUGUCCAGCGUAGGCGAGCCCCAUCAGGCGAGCGCAGGCUGAAGCGCAGAGGGGCCGUGCGCCACCAUACUGCGGUGCAAAUAGUAUCACAGCUGCAGACAGCCCAGCAACUUGAGGCGUGAAGACUAGCGGGGGGGCCCUUCGGGCACUCUCCCACUUUCUAAGCGAAUAUGGCCGACUACGCGGAGGAUGGCCGUCAAGAAUACAUUCCUGCCGGUCGACUAGGCAAGCAGCCCUUGCAGCGGCCGCUCUCGGCCCACCACUCGCAUAUCCGGAAUCCGGCACCUGCAGGGAAACAACCCGCCUUUGGCGCCAGCGCCCCGCACAACAAUGGUCGACGCAUUCAAUCGGCGCUGCCCUACCGCAACCGGCCUGGCACCGCCGGCGCCGUGCCACACGCUGCCCUCAACGCCUGGGGGGAGCCCUCGGCGCCAGCUGCCGUGGGAUCGCCACGUGCCUACGGCGGCGGUGGUGGUGGUCUAAACCUCUUUGCCGGCAUGGAGCCGCCGGCGUAUCCUCAGCGCAGCGAGAACACGCGGCCCAUUGCGAGCCGGGAGCGCGAGGCUCUGGAUGAGGAGCUGCGGCGGCUGCGGGUGACGCUGGCGGGGUACAAGGACCAGCACCGCCUCCUGCGCACGGACCGCCAGCGGCUGGAGGAGGAGCUGGGCCGGGCCCGCACCAACCUGGUCAAGGCCGAGGAACUGCUCAACGCGCGCGAGAAGGCGCUCAGCCCAACCAUCGGCCUGAGCCAGAUGUAUCGCACGCCCGAAACCACCGCGCUGGUGACCAAGCUGAAGGAGCAGGUGCGGGUUCUGCGCGCCGAGAAGGAGCGCUUCAAGGGCGACCUGGAGGAGCUGCUGCGGAGCACCAAGGCCACGCGCGUUGCGGAGCUGCAGUCGGAGGCGCACGCGCUGUCUCAGGAGCUGGCACGGCAGAUGGAAAUGACAGCCAUCAUGCGCAACCGCAUGGAGGACGCGGAGGCCAUGGCCGCCGCCGCGCAGCGCAAGGCCGAGGCCGCGGAGGCGCUGGCGCGCGAGUACACCGACGCAGGCAGCGCCAUGCCGCCGCCGCCCGCGCGCCUGGCGCCCGGCAACACGCUCUCCAGCGGCCGCGUGCGUAAGACCAUGGGCGCGCUGCAGCAAGCGCACCGCGCGCUGAGCAGCCAGGCGACGCUGCUGCGGGCCAUGUUCCCGCCGGGUCUGUCCAUGGAGCAGCUGGCCGCCAAGGCCUCGCUCAAGGCGCCCACCGCCGGCGCCACCGAGGUGCUGCGCUUCCUGCGCCACCACGUCAGCAAGCUAAACACGGAGCUGAACGGCCUGCCGGGCGGCCGCAUGGACCCCGAGGACGGCGGCGAGGCGCAGCCCACCGCGCAGCACAGCACCGCCUCGCCGCCCACAGUGCCGCGCCCGCCGCGCGGCCGCCCCAUGCGCCCCAUGUCGGCCGGCCCCACUGGCGCCGCCAAGGCGGCCGCGGCCGCCGCCGCCGGCCCUGCUGAGCCCAGCAGCGACCCGCGUGUGCUGCUGCAGGGCACUGCGGACCUGGUGCGCCAGCUUCGGGCCAUGGACAUGGACAGCUUCAUGGGCCAGCCCGACCUGGAGGCGGACGUGGAGCAGCUGGCGGACGUGAGCGCGCUGCUCAUCGCCGAGCACAAGCGCCUCACCGGUGCCGUGGGCUCGCACGUGUUCGCGGACGGCGAGGACGGCGAGGAGCAGGACGUGAGCUCGCGCGAGAACCCGCUGUACCAGCCCGUGCCCAAGGCCGACCCCGACCUGGUGCCAGACGAGGAGGAGGAGGGCGAGGGCGGCAAGAAGAAAGCGCUGGCGGAGGAGGAGACCUACGAGGACGACUUCGCAGCGGACGGGUACGAGGAGGUGGGUGAGCUUGACUCGCCCACGCCGGCGGCCAAGAAGGCCAGCGACAGCGGCGCCCGCGCCAAGACGCCUGAGCGCGCCGAGGAGGAGGAGGACGAGGAGGAGGCGGAGGAGGAGGAUGCCUACGAGGACGACAAGUACGAGGAGGAGGAGGCGGAGCCCGAGCCCGAGGAGGAGGUGGAGGACGAGGAUCCGGUGCCCGCCAAGCCCAGCCUGCUGCGUGAGCCCAGCUCGCAGCGCAGCAACCGCAGCGUGCAGAGCAACCGCAGCGCGCCCGACACGCCGCAGAAGAAGGUGGAGGCGCCCGCCAGCAGCGUGGGUGACCCCGCGGAGUACGGCACCGGCGUGCGCACCUCGGCGGCCGGCAGCGCCUACGGCGGCAGCACGCGCGGCUGGCAGCCGGAGGAGGAGCCGGUGAAGGAGCACCACAGCGAGGCUGGCUCGGACGAGGACGGCGAUAACACGGUGGCUUCCAAGGGCGCCAAGAGCGACAAGAGCGGCAAGCGCAGCACGCAGCACAGCGGCGUGGGCGAGGAGGACGACGAGGAUCUAGGCGAGAUUGCGGCGGCGGCGGGCGUGGCGGCGGCGGCGGACGACGAGCCGGAGGCUGAUGAGUACGACUUCGGCAAUGUGGGCGCCUUGGAUGAUGACAACCCCACCUACGACAUGUCGUUUAAGAAAAAGCGGGAGCCGACGGCCGAGGAGAAGGAUGAGGAGAAGGAGGAGGAGAAGGAGGAGGAGAAGGAGGAGGCGCCCAAGGAGGAGGAGGAGGAGGAGGCCGUGCCUGAGCCGGCGCCGGUCCUGGCGGACGUGAGCCAGUUCGAGCCCACGGAAGAGGAGGUGGCGUCACCCAGCGGCCAUCGCGGCGAGGAGGACGCGGCUGCGGAGGCGGCUGCGGAGGCGGCGGAGGUCACGGUGGAUGCGGAUGAUGACGACUUCGGCGACUUUGGUAAAGACCUGGGUCUGGGCGCCGCUGAUGAUGAUGAGGAGCCGGUGGCAGCGGUCGACCCCGAGCCCGAGCCGGAGGAGAAGGAUAAGCCCUGGUGGGAGCAGCCUGACCCUGAGCCGGCGCCAGCUGAUGAGGAGCCGGCGGCCGCGGAUGAGCCGGAGGCAGAGCCGGGGCCGGCUCCGCAGGAGGAGGGGGAGGAGGAGCCGGCAGCAAAGGAGAAGCCUUGGUGGGAGCAGCCUGACCCUGAGCUGGCGGCGGCUGAGGAUGAGCCGGCGGCCGCGGCUGAGCCGGAGGCAGAGCCGGAGCCGGCGCAUAAGGAGGAGGAGGAGGAGGAGGAGGAGCCGAAGGAGAAGCCUUGGUGGGAGCAGCCUGACCCUGAGCCGGCGGCGGCUGAGGAUGAGCCGGAGCCUGCGGCUGAGCCGGAGGCAGAGCCGGAGCCGGCGGCAAAAGAGAAGCCCUGGUGGGAGCAGCCUGACCCUGAGAAGGCAGCAGCUGAUGAGGAGCCGGCGGCCGCGGCUGAGCCGGAGGCAGAGCCGGAGCCGGCGCCCAAGGAGGAGGACGAGCCGGCGGCAAAGGAGAAGCCUUGGUGGGAGCAGCCUGACCCUGAGCCGGCGGCGGCUGAUGAGGAGCCGGCGGCCGCGGAUGAGCCGGAGGCAGAGCCGGGGCCGGCUCCGCAGGAGGAGGGGGAGGAGGAGCCGGCAGCAAAGGAGAAGCCUUGGUGGGAGCAGCCUGACCCUGAGCUGGCGGCGGCUGAGGAUGAGCCGGCGGCCGCGGCUGAGCCGGAGGCAGAGCCGGAGCCGGCGCAUAAGGAGGAGGAGGAGGAGGAGGAGGAGCCGAAGGAGAAGCCCUGGUGGGAGCAGCCUUAUCCCGAGCCGGUUGCGGCUGAGGAGGAGCCGGCGGCCGCGGCUGCGGCUGAUGACGCUUUGGACGGCGAGGUGGAUUACGGGGCUGCUGAUGAGCCCGAGCGGGAGCCGGAGGCGCAGCCUGCGUCCAAGCCCGCCGACGACGAGUUUGAGGUGGACGGCGGCAUGGACGGGCUAGAAGGUGACAUUGACAUGGAGGCGGAGGCGGCGCCCGCUGUAGCUGAGCAGGCAGAAGACAAGCCCGCAGCCGAGGAGGAGCCGGCGCCGCCGCCGGCCUGGAACCGGCCACAGGCACUGCCGCCGCUUGGUGGGCGCUUCGGCAGCUCCGCCCCGGCAGACGAUGGAUUUUAAGUGGCUUGAGUGCCCGUGUGACAGCUGGUACAUGCGUGAGGUUCGCGGGCCUGUACUGCAUAGCGGGGUGAAGCCGUGCGGCAACGAGUCGGAUGGGUUACUUGCCGGGAGAACGUACUGGUAGUGCUGGUAGUGCAAUGCGAACAAGUGCAAUGCGCACGCCGACAAGUCAACAACUUAGUUUAGCUCUUCAACAAUGUCUGGCACGUCUGGUUGGCUGCAGUACAGGAUUAAGGUAGUUGGACAGAGCUCUAUCUGUCAUAGAUUGUUGGCUAGGCUAUUGUCCUUGCAAGUCGUGUUAGCCAUAUGGCUGGGGCGGCGGCGCCCCCAGGGCAGUGUUGGAAGUUUGCGCAUCCGUGGCGCCCUAACCUGCGAUUCCCUAGAUUUGAAGUCUGUUUCGCGAGUCUGCCUGGAUUGAGACCUUCGGGGUGGGCCGCGUACCUCGAAUGGCAUGAACUUAUUGGCGGCGGCGACGCUCAGGACUGACAUUCAUCACGGAAGCUGAGUGUGAUCUCGACUCGAGAGCGGUGGUGCAGGCGAUGCUUUAGGUGCUGGAGCGCAGGGUUGCCCCAUGUGCGUCGCGUUAAGUGUGCGGGUAGCGAGGCCAAGCUCUUGUAUGGUGCUGCUGUGGGCUUUCUGUGUGCAGGUUUGCUGGUCAAUGUUGUCGUGCAUGCGGGCUGGAAAGAAUGAUAUGCAGGGUAAUGCAGGCACAGCUUGGUGAAGUCGGACGCUUGGCGGACUGGCGGUGUAGUCGUGCCGUAGCGUGCCUUUCCUGUGCCUCAGGGCAUCGGCGGGGCGAUGGCCUGGUGGUUUUAUGCACUUGUAUAGUACAAAGUGCUGCUGUGUACGUGAACCUUUUUAAUACAUAGAACCCACUACUGAAGUUUAAUAUGUGAUUCGCCAUGGGAAGUCGUGAUCACGCGACGGGUAUUUAGCCCAGCCACUACAAGCCCACAACCCGCUGAAGCUUCCAUACACGACGAUCACCU